AUGAACUUCCAAAGUAGACUCAUCUUUAUGGGCCUAGCGUCCCUAGCCCUGGCCAGCUCCGACGACACCGACGACGCCCUCGAGGAGUACUGGGACGCGCGCGAGGGCUUCCUCGAGGCCGAGCGCCUCGAGUCCAACAUCCAGACCGCCCACGGCGUCCUGGGCUGCCUCGCCUUCGCGCUCUUCUUCCCCAUGGGCGCGGUCCUCACCCGCGUCUUCCCGCGCUGCAUCACCGUCUGGCUGCACGCCGCGUGGCAGGUCUUCACCCUGUGCAUCGCCCUCGCCGUCAUGGCCAUGGGCAUCUGGAUGGCCAACGGCAACGGGUACAUGGAGAGCUACCACGCGCGCAUCGGGCUCGUCGCCGUCUGCGGCCUGGCCCUGCAGCCGCUCACGGGGCUGCUGCACCACCUGCGGUUCAAGAGGACUGGGAGCCGGACUCUGGUCUCGUAUGUCCACGUUUGGUGGGGCAUCCCGUUGAUCACGCUGGGGACUAUCAAUGGGGGCUUUGGCCUGCAGCUUGCCGGUUCGAGUCGGACGUACAUGAUCGUGUACGGCGUCUUUGCGGCCAUCAUCUGGCUCGGGUGGAUGGGGCUGUCGUUCUUGUCGCAGUGCCUCAAGAGGUCCAACAAGUCACCGGCUCAAAGCGGGAGGAAGAUCUCCAAUGAGGAGGUGCCGGUUAUGCGGGAUGUCACGUGCGAUGAGCCGCACGGCGGCCACAAGCAAUACGCCUGA